GGUUCACACAAUAUAAUUGAAACUCACUUUACUUUUCAGCACUGACCUUGGAAAAGAGCAAUUACAGUUAUUGUGCCAAACCUUUUCCCCUCCCAUUUUAUUGUUUUAUAACUGUGUGUGUUUUUAAUGGCUAGAAAAUCCCCUUGUCAACACUGUAAACAAAGAAGACGUAAAUGCGAACGAUCGAGUGAAAGCGAGCCUUGUCAACGGUGUGUAAAGAUGAGAAAGACGUGUGUAGCUCAAGACGAGACAUUCGAAAACGAGAGUUCUGACGAAGACCCUUUUUUAGAGUGUAAAAACAAUGUGGAAUUAGAGAUAAUCAGUCAACAGGUCAAAGAUCUCGAAUCCGAGUUGGAGCACCUGGAGAUCAGUCUGAAUCAACAACGAGCGCUUGUGAAAAAGGCGGAACCAAGUUGGGAUAUACGCUGUGUGGAUGGGCAAUUUCGACUUGAAUCGCAAAUUAAGACGGUAGAGGAGCUCAUGAUGUAUGGGACAGCUGCCAUGCGAUAUUUAUCACCAUUUGGAAAGACGUUUGGUAAAACGUCGCUAAAAUUUCAAAGGCUGAAUCCAAGCUUUAUAAAGUCAGCCAUGAAAAUGGUGUCUCAUUUCGAAUUUGGGGGGAACAAUGGAAAGAUUUCUGCCGCCGUGAUAUCGCAAAGCUUCUCCACCGAACUCUUUCAGUUCAUACAACCAAGAAUCUUUCUGGAUGGGCUUGUGGAUUUGUUUUUCAAGUGCUUUAAUACUACAUUUCCAAUGGUGCAUGAGCCUUCUUUUCGGGAACAUUUUAGACGAUUAAAAGAUCCUAUGGAUGACGCUAUCACAUUGGCCAUAUGCUCCCAAGCGGCCGUGUCUACCUGUGAACAUUCCUUCUUUGACUCCCAAGAAAAACGAUGCGUGGGGGAAUUUUUUUACCAGCGGGCUAUGGACAGGCUACUAGAAAUGUUUGACGAUCCCGAUAAGGCCCUUGAAUCAUUGAUCGUCAUUAACUUAUUACAGUUCUUCAUGACCGUGACAUUACGUGUAUCCGAUAGUCAAAAAUGGGCCACCAUCGCUUCUUUGCUCGCCUCGCAUCUUCAACAAGAAUAUCCAGAAUGCUUAUCAGUAGACACUAGUUUACCAUUGCAUACAAGAACGAAAUAUGCUACUAUCCAGCGUAAUACGGCAGUCGCUGAUGGUAUUUUGGCAUUUUUGGAUCUUGUAACGAGGAACCGAGGAGAUGAUUUCAUCUGUAUCAAGGGCCAGUUUGAUAUUUUACCGGACGAACCCAAAGCGGCGAGAGGAUUGCUUGAUGCAAUGAACCACACUAUACUUUUAAUGCAUCAUCCCGCAUCUCUCAUUGUUGUAAAACAAGCACGAAAAAUGGCAUUGGGGGAAACUGCUGAACUGAAUUUUGAAGAGAUUAUUCGGUUUGAAGGCGUGGUAGUAGAUUGGUGGCAUAAUUUGCCUAGUCAUUUAAAGAUGUGUUUGGAGCCAUACAAUUGUACAGCGGAAUUAAUAGAAAAAACUGAUGAGCUACCGAAAUUGAUGACGAUGUGUUUUUUGUAUGCCUUGACGUUGGGUGUGCACGAAUGUUUGAUUGAGCCAACGUAUAAAGUGGGGUUGGAAAAUGUGAAUGGUACUGUGAGAGAUAGAGCGAUUUAUCUAUCAAUGGAAUCGACCAGUAUGCUACUUUUACUUUCUAGAAAAAUUGCAUUACUGGAUUCUAUCUGUUAUUCACCUGCAAACCUUCUGAUUCGAUCGAUAGAUUCGUUGAUGGUCAUUAUAGAUAUUAAAGAUGAGCAGUUAGCGAAACGGGCGAAAACAAGAUUGGUUGAAUAUAUGGGAGUUUUGAAAAAAAGCAUAUUGAACGAUCAUCAAGUAUCAUUGGCAGUUUCACCGUAUUUCAAUCGCUAUGCAUCUGCGGACAGUAAUGCAACCUCUUUACCAGAAUUAUAUAAAAAUUAUCCUCUACCUGCUUCGGCCUUUAUUUUCGACAUUAUUAAUUCUACCAUUAACGAAAAUAUCGGCGAUGUAGAAACAUACCUGCAAUCCACAUAAUAAUAUUCAUUUUCAAUGAGUUAGAGAAUUUUUUCACCGCUAGACGUAACAAUUUGUUUUUCUUCUUUUUAUAUAUUUAAAUAAACCAAAGUAGAAAAAAAAGAAAAAAAAA